AUGAAUCUUUCUAAUUUGCCCGAUGAGCUCGUUCUCCAGUGUUUUGCUCGUCUUCCCAACAAGUCCAGAUACACCGCAUCUUUUGUGUGCACUAAAUGGCUCGAACUCCUUCAAAGCCGUGAAUUUUACUUGCUCAGAAAACAGCUUGGACAUAUCAAUCGCUUGACUUGCUUCGUCGAGCCAAAUCCUCCUAAUCCUCCGACAGGUUUUUCUCGUAUGUCCCUGUCGGAAACACCAUCUUCAAACCCACCUCCUAGUCCUACUCCAAGUAGUCAUGUUAUCAGUGUUUUUGGCACUGGGAGUGGGAGUGGUUUGUGUAAAACACUCCCUCCUCUUCCAAAUCCCUCAAUACAAAUUGAUGAUGAUUGCAAGAUUGUUAGCUCCGAAGAGAAACUCAUCUUGAUGAAAAACUCAGACCCCUUGAAUCUUCAUCUUGGGAAUCCAUUGUUUGUGUUUGACUUUGCAACAGGACGCUGGCAUCAAGGAAAGAGCCUGCCGGCAAGGAAAUCAGCUUUCGCGAUGGAUGCUACCGUUGAUGGUUGCCGGGUGUUCGUCGCAGGUGGAUACCAUCCAGAAGGAGGUGACUCUGACUCUUCAUGGAUGUAUGAUGUGAGGAAAGACGAGUGGUCUGAGUUGACUCGAUUCCAACAUGUUCACGGCAGCAGCACUGGUAAAGUAUUUGGGGUACAGCUUCAAACAAUGGCGGCAAGGGUUUGGAAAAGGAGGCUAAUUAGCGUCACCGGAAUAUUCUCCAUUAUAACAUUCAAAUAUUACGAAACCUGUUAUUCGUCGUCUUGGUCGCAGAGUAGUGAAGAGAAUAACAAUCCGAUCUACGAGGAGACUCGCGGUGUUAUGAAGAUAUUUCUAAAGAAUGGGACUCGCGAUGUUAUGACCUACUAA